AACUCAAUUCACUCUACGCGCAACGGCGCGUCGUCUCCAGUACAACGAUCAUCCAUUUAAAGCCAAAAGGUUAAACCUAACCCCACCAACUAUUAAACACCUUGCGCCAAUCACUACAACCUGUAGCCCGCAACAUUUUAUAUCCCAAGGUUGAUUGCAUUGAGUCCUUCGUAAAAAGGCAAACAACACCAUGUCCCAACAACUCCAGCGCUCGAUGUCGGCGUUAAGCACGCGUGACCGUGACCGGGAGAAGACGUACUUCGAGCAGCAGCGGGAGGCGUUGAUCGGCGAGAUAGCUAUGAGCUUCGAGCACGUUCUCGCCAACAUCAACAAGCUAAACCGAUCGCUCGAGGCCGUGGUCGCGGUAGGAAACGAGUUCUCGUCCGUCGAGGCGCUAUGGUCACAGUUCGAGAACGUCAUGGCCAAGGAUCCCGAGGACGGUAAGGCCGGUUCCGAGGGUGAGGAGGGCCAGGGUCAGCAAGGGGAAGGGGAGACUACUACGGCGGGAAAAAGUUCAUGAAAAUAGUCUUGUGGGGGACUCUAUGAAAGAGGGGAGAGCGGGAAGAGGAACCUGCUCCGGGGGAUGCUAGAGGACUACGAGUGGAUGCCAGGAACGAUUAAUCACGACGAUACCCGCUUCGGCUCCACGGAGCCGCAGCACAUUAGACUACGCAUGUCACAUUCGAGCAAUAGGCACAAA